AUGGCAGGCAAAAACACAGAUCCGCCUGCUGACCACAGCGCCUCCUCCGCCCAUGAUGCAGAAGAAACAGUUGCUAAGCCAGCCCGCCCUGUGGACGACGCAGAUGAAUAUCCUCCACCUGCAAAGGUCUACAUUACAAUGAUGGCACUGAUAUUGGCGUCCUUUCUUGUUGCUUUGGACCGAACCAUCAUCGCCACAGCCAUUCCAGCCAUCACGAACCAUUUCAACUCCCUCGAUGAUGUAGGCUGGUACGCGUCAGCCUACCUCUUGACAAUAUCCGCCUUCCAGCUCCUCAUGGGCCGAAUAUACACUUUUUACAACCCGAAAUGGGUGUAUAUCGGAUGCGUGGGCCUCUUCGAGCUCGGCUCACUAGUCUGCGGCGUGGCACCGAACUCGACGAUGCUGAUCAUCGGCCGGGCUAUUGCCGGCAUGGGCAGCGCCGGCAUUUUCUCUGGGGCCAUCACCAUGAUCGUCUUCCUGGUGCCGCUGCGACAACGACCUGCGUGGACCGGCAUGAUUGGAGCAGUAUUUGCUGUGGCAUCCGUGGCAGGCCCGCUCCUAGGCGGUGCUUUCACCGACAAGGUCAGCUGGAGAUGGUGUUUCUACAUCAAUCUUCCAGUCGGCGGGGUGACUAUAAUCAUUCUCACAUUUGUGCUCAAACUGCCUGAUCGCAAGAGAGAAAAAGUGCCGCUGAAGCAGCAGUUCCUCCAGCUCGACCCGCUGGGCACCGCCAUCUUCGUGCCGGCAGUCAUCUGUCUCCUGCUCGCCCUGCAAUGGGCCGGCACCGAAUACGCCUGGUCGAGCGCGCGCAUCAUCGUGCUGCUCGUGCUGGCGGGUGUCCUGUUCAUGGGCUUUGUUGCCAUCCAGAUCUGGCGGCAGGAAAUGGCUACCAUUCCGCCGCGAAUCAUCAUGAACCGCUGCGUAGCCGCCGGCGUGACUUACGCGUUCAUGUCCGGCGCAGGCAUGAUGACGCUGGUCUAUUUCCUGCCCAUCUGGUUCCAGGCCAUCAAGGGCGCCUCGGCCGUGCAUUCGGGCAUCAUGAACCUCCCUGCCAUCCUGGGCAUCACGCUGGCAGGCAUGGCCGCCGGCUUUGGCACGCGCAAGUUUGGAUACUUCACUUUGUGGAUGUACACUUCGUCCGUUCUCACGCCCAUCGGCACGGGCCUCAUAUCCACGUUUUCCACCACCACCGCUCAUCCGAAGUGGAUCGGCUAUCAGGUUGUAUGGGGCAUUGGUCUCGGACUGGGCAUCCAGCAGCCCAGUGUGGCCGCGCAGACGGUGCUCGCAAGGGAAGAUGUCCCCAUCGGCGCUUCGAUGAUGUUCUUCGCCCAGACGCUGGGUGGGUCGAUCUUCGUCAGCGUCGCCAACAACAUCUUCGACAACAAGCUGGCUCAAGGCUUGAAGUCCAUUCCUGGCAUCGACCCCGAUGUCGUGGGUAAUGUCGGCGCCACGGACCUGCGAAGCGUCGUCCCGGAACAGUAUCUGCACAGUGUGUUGGUGGUGUACAAUGAGGCGUUGCGCAAUGCAUUCUACGUCGGCGUGGCUGUCAGUGCCGCCACUGUCAUUGGAAGUCUGGCUAUGGAAUGGAAGAACCUGAGGAAGAUCGCUGCCGAGCAGGAAGCCGCUGCAAAGGCUGCAGCGCUACAGGGAGACAACUCUGGGCAGUCUGCCGGCGUUGAGGGUCCGGUACGACAUUCGACGACGGAGGGAAAGAGGGUCGAGGAUGUUUGA